AUGACUGCCCCUCAACAGAAAUCCUUACCAUCGGAGCAGACUCCCCUCAUGGGACGUCUCGCGGAGGAAGUGCAGGAUGCGCCUCGGGUCCCGGCCACGGCUCUCCAAGGCUCCGCCAUAAUGGUAGCCAUGGGACUGCUAUUGUUUAUUCAAGCCACUCAAAUCACCGUUAUGACCACUGCCCAGUCGGCCAUUGCCGCCGAAUUCGAUGCCUUCUCCGUGGUCACAUGGUUUAGUUCGGUGUUCCUGAUUGCAUACUCGAGUAUCGCCCCACUCUCAGGUCGACUGUGCCAGAUCUUUACACCACGGGUCUACGUCUUUUUCACCUCGAGCCUGUUGGCUUUGGGACUGUUCGUCACUGCAGCCGCACCGAAUCUGGCUGUGUUUCUCCUGGGACGAGCGAUCGCGGGAUGCGGCGCCGGCGGGCAGACGGUCACGGCGUUUGUUCUGACGUUGGAUUUGACCAGCAAGAAGCGCAGAGGGCUGUUCCUCGGCUUGAUUAGCGUUGGGAUGACUACUGGUAUCUCGUCGGGGGCCGUGCUCUCGGGUCUGUUGACGACGGCUUACGGAUGGCGUCUCAUCUUCUGGAUCCAAGCGCCGGUCGCCCUCAUAUUAGCCCCUGUCAUGUUCUCGGCGAUUCCGAUCCGCCCGGAAGACGAAGAGCUGGAUAAGGGCGCCUUGCUGGAGAAGUUGGCCCAGGUUGACUAUGCAGGCGCGUUGACAAUGACCAUCUCGGUCACCUUGCUGCUAUCCAGUCUGGCUUCGUCAGAGAUCCGGAUCGCACCGAUCUUGGCGUUUCUCGUCUCGAUCGGUCUCUUUCUGCUCAUCGAAGCUCGCUUUGCAUCCCAGCCCAUCAUCCCCAUGGUCAUUGUGAAGCUCAGAACCGUGGGACUCACUUGCUUCGCGGGCUUGAUUACGAGGAUGGCCCGCUGGUCCGUGCUCUUUUACUCGCCAGUGUAUGCGAUGGUCGUGCGCGACUGGAACCCAGCGUCGGCCGGUCUGAUCCUGGUACCCACGAAUGCUGGGUUUGGUUUGGGAGGUGUGCUAGCGGGCUGGUUGCACAUCCGUAGAUCCCAAAGCUAUUACCUCUCGAGCCUGAUCGGAUACCUGCUCUUCGCCAUUGCGGGCUUUAUUCUAGCGAUGGUGGCGACCCCCACAUCCUCCGUGAUCACUUUUGUCUGUGCCACCUUCGUGAACGGCUUGGCCGUCGGCGCGCUGCUGAACUACACGCUCUCGCAUCUGCUGUAUCUCACUCACACCGACGUGCAUUAUAUCGUGGGGGCGCUGGUGGGCAUGAGCCGGGGAUUUGCGGGCAGUUUUGGCUCCGCCAUCGGGGGCGGGUUCUUCAUGCGCGAGUUGAAGCGCGGUCUCGAGGCUAGGUUCCGGGACCAUGGGUUGGAGGACAGGGAGGAGCUUGUGCGGAAGUUACUGGGCAGUCCAGCGCUGGUCAAGAGCUUAACUGGGGUGGAGCGGGCUGUUGCGGUUCAGAGCUACGAGCAGGCUAUCCAGAGGCUGUUUCUAGGGAGCUGUGUUUUGAUCCUUGUUGCGGCUGCUGCACAGGCGGGGACGGGUUGGCGCGCGCAGGACAGGGAGAGGCAACCACGGGAGGUUAUAGAUGAGGAGGAUCAGUGUGAGACAUAG